AUGGGGAGAGACGCUAAUAUUCCUCUGUCUCUUCCCGAAUACCCUAAUGCUCAUCAGUCUGCUUCCAAAAAGCCUGAUCAUUCUCAGUCUGAGUCUCGAGAUCCUACUAAUCCUCAUUCUGGUCUCCAAGACACUCGGUCUGCUCCCCAAGAUCCCAAUGCUUCUCUAGAUAAACAGAAAGACUAUUACAAUCCUCCAAUUAUCCUCCAAUCUAAUGCUCCUCAGUCUGAUCCACAAGACCACAAACCCAAACAAAAUUAUUCUCCUCCAACUAUUAAUGAAGACCCCAAGCCUACUCAGCCAAAUACCCAAGAUCCUACUGCUCUUCAGCCUGACUCACAAGACCCUGAUAUUUCCAAUUCUGGUCCUGAAAACUAUAGUACUUCCAAUUCAGGUCCACAAAACCUUACUACCCUUCAGGCUGGUCCCUUGAAACCUGAUAUUUCUGAGCCAGGUCCCCAAGACCUUGAUCUUCCUCAAUCUGGUCCCAAAGACCCUAAUACUUUUCAACUGGUCAACAAGACCCUGACAUUCUUCACUCUACUCCCCAGUACCAUAAUAUUCCUCAGUCAGUUCCCCAAGACUUUAAUACUCCUCAGCCAGGUUCUCAGGACAAUAAUAAUGAGUUGGAUCCCCAAACUGCAAUACUCAGAGCCUGGUUCUCAAGACCCUAACACUCCUCAGUCUAGUCCCGAAGUCCCUGAUACGAUUCCGUUUGGUCCCCAAGAUCCUGAUACUUUUCAGUCUGGUCCCCAAUAUUCUGAAAUUCCUCACUCCAUUCCCCAAGACCCUGCCACUAUUCAUUCUGCUCCCCAAGACCAUGCUACAUUUGAGACAGACCGUGAUACUUCUGAGCCUGUUCCCCAUGAAAUUGUUACUUCUCAGACCAGACCACAAGACCCUGACACUUCUCAGUAUUGUCCCCAAGACUAUUCCUCUUCAUCCUGGUCCUCGAGACCCUGA